AUGAAUCGGUUCACCGGGAUGUCUUCGAAACCGAUAACGCCAGUCAAUGAACAGAAUAUCACGUUCCGAAAGAAAAUAUCGAUGGUUUCUACCUUGCUCCAAGGUAGUGAUGGUCAGCCUGUAGCUUCUUCACCGCGGAAUUGUUAUUCUCGACAAAAUGUGGCUCCGUUGCGACGGCAUAUGUACAAUGAAGCUGACGGAGGAGCUAUCAGUACUUCAGAACAAACUCCAAUUGAACAGAAAGCCACUGAAAUUCGUCGUAUGAACAACAAAAAGGAGGCGUCAGGAAGGAAAGAAGAGACCCCUGCCCCUCCGACAAUUUUGAUCGAAGGACCAUCUUCGGAGGCCAGUUCAAAAUCAAAUCAGAAGAAGACAAAGCCCUCGACUUCGUCUCUUGCUUCUGUUUUCAGAAGUCGUGCCAGCUCCCCGAUGGAAGCUGUUCGAAAGGUUUUCGGAAGAUCAUCAUCAAAACAACCAAAGGAAUUACCUGCACCUUCUUCGUUGAUAUCAGUGUCAUCAGCAACAACCGGAACUGAAACAAAUCUCACUGAAGAACUUGAAAAACUUAGGAAUCAAUUAGCUCAUGCACAUAAUCAAAUUGCAGAGCAAACCAAGAAACAGAAUGUAGUUCAAAUGGUCAGUUGUUCGCAACAAACAGAUCUAAUAAAUUCUGCAACCGUGACCACAAUGACUGAUGAAUACGAAGAAACUAAAAAAGAAGAGAACCCAGAUAAAGAAAAUGUUCAUCCAGAUAUCAUUUGCCUUGAAGAUGAUGAAAACAACUCAAGCAGAAUUCAAAGUUUGCUAAAAGAAUUGUCAUUGUUAAAGAAAGAAAAUAAUGAACUGAAAGAAGACUUCAGAAGAACUCGUAAAGAUUUUAUCUUGAUUUUGAAAGAAGCAGUUAUUCGAAAAGAUGAAGCUGAACGAGAAUUGGACAUAAUUUCAAAAAGUAUUUGUAAUGAAGACGACUGGGAUAGUUUAAUGUCUCAACAAACCCAUGCACUUCGCAGAAACGUACUUCUAAUGUGGGUACAAAAGAAACUUGCUCUGUACUCGGAUCAAUUAACAGUGUCCAACUUCAGUUCUGAUUGGGCAGACUGUCGUGCUUUUUGUGCUCUUCUGUACGACAUUUUCCCAGAAGCCAUGUCUGAUGUCUAUGUAUCUCCAAUUGUUGGAGAUUGUGUAACUCGUUGCCGACGUACGUUUCAACGUCUCGAAAUUCCAUUUGAUGAACGUGCUCUCGGAAUUUCUACUACGCCUUCAUCUGGAGUUGAUGAUGAUGCGACUUCUGGCACGGCUAUCACAGGUCUUAUUGAUUGGCGUUACAUUAUGAAUACUGUACUCGUUCUUUACAAAAAGGAUGUGCACGGAAAAUGA